AAUCUGAAUACAGGCAGCUUGCUGUUAUCAUCGAUUUUCGCACACUUUAGAUGUAUAUUUUCCCAGUUUUAAACAUUAUCAUAGUUUCCUCCAUUUUUACCGAAAGUUAUUUACAGUUUGAUGACAUAUGUGGAAUUACCAAUGGUAAGAGAUUAUACUUGGAACAUGGAGAGACUGGAUCUUUACUGGCAAAUUUUCGAAAUAAUGUCUCGAUUAGACGGAAUAUGACAUCUUAUAAUAGAUGUUCUGUAGAGUUUAUCACUUGCCCUUCUUGUAUUAUCGAAAUCAAGUUCAGGUACUUGAAUAUUUCAAGAAUAUGUGGAAAGUCAUCAGUUUAUGACACUUGUGGAUGCGAUUAUGUUUGGAUUUAUGAACCACCAGUUGAAGAUGCGUCAGGAGAACAAUUCUGUGGAAGAUUCAUCGAAAAUAAUAUAUCGGAGUUAUCUUACGUUAGUCAAACCAGAACUGUAGCAAUAUCUUUCAUAUUCAACAAAGAUUACGGUCACGCCUUUACUCUGGACUAUUCCACAAAACGAAAUACAAUUAUUAUUCAUGGUUAUCCGAGAAUUGGGAAUAUGAACAACUCAAGCCAAAUAAUUUCAUCGCCCUUUUUUCCAUAUUCAUAUCCUACAGAUUUGAGCCUUGAAUAUAUCAUAAGUUGUGAAUCAAAGGAAACAUGUAGAAUUAAUCUGUUGUUCACUGAUUUCCUUUUAGAAGAUUCUUCGAUUAUCGAGUUCUUCGAUUGGAAUGGACAAAGAAUGCAGGUCAUUUCUGGUAACACGUUCAGACCGCCAGUAAUCACUAGUAAUGGUCCGUCAAUGACUAUCAGAUUUUAUGCCAAUGGAGCUUCCGAUUUUGGAUUCAAGGCAACAUACUCUUUCAUAUUGGGAACAUUGGAUGACUUAGUUUUCAAACCAAUAAUCGGUUGUGGAGGAAAUGUCAAUAAUCUAGGAGGAGGAAUAACAAUGAUGAAUAUGCUGGAAUCGGGCACGAAAUUAUUUGAUUGCGUUUGGAUAAUCAAACCACCUGAAAGUCUUCUACAUCGAAAAACACAUUUAUAUGUUAAAGUUGCAACAUUCUCGAGUUUUGCUGGCACAACAGAGUUGAUUAUACGACAGGGUAUCACUUCGAACCAGCCUUCAGUGGAAAUAUUGCGACACCCAGCUACUCCUUAUGGUUUAUCAAAGCAGGUGGAACAUGUAGUUCCUAUUGUGCAGGGUUUCUAUAUAAGUUUGCGUGGUAUAUUCAUGCCAGAAUCACGUUUAGCAAUUGUGUAUGCUGCAUUCAAUUAUAAAGAUUGUUUCGGGAGUUCAGAUUUUCUCUGCAAUAACUUCAGGUGUAUUCCUCUCCUACUGAAUUGUGAUGGUUUUGAUCACUGUGGAGAUGAUAGUGAUGAAUUGAAUUGCUCCCAAGACCCGAAAGAUCAUAGGGAAUUUUCUAAAGUUCCAAAUUUCCUUUUUCCGAAAGAAGACACCUUCUCCGAUAUUACAACAGCAACUUUCAUUUUCUUGACCUGCAGUUUUGGUUUGAUUGGUAUAAUACUGGCGAUGGCCUUAUUAUUGUACAGAGUGAACGUUAAAGCUCAAAAUCAGAGACAAAUCCAAGAUCACAUCGAAACUAUUCAUGCUAUUCUAGAAGAAGGUGUCAGAGAUAUAGAAGAAGAGAUCAUCGUACCUGAUGAACCACCGGAUUAUGAACCUCCUCCUGAUUACAAUGAAUUAUUGAAGUUGAAUCAACUGAAAUGCCAUAAAAAUUUGGAACUUAGUCAUAAAAGGUGUCUGGCAAAUAAUUUGGCCAAAACGAAUACAGUCUCAAUCUCACCAGACUUGUCGACCGGCCAAACACCCGAUGGAAGUUUUCAGCCAACUCAUUUCAAUAAUAGAAAUCAUCAACCUACUUCAUCAAUAAUUCCACAUUCACCGCCACCAGCAUAUACUUGUGUAAAACAAACAAGUUCGGAACAAAACCAGUUAUUCGAUGUCUCGAACUCAGUGCAAUUAGUAGAAAAUCUUGGACCAGGAACUUCAUCAAUAUCGAAUGGAUAUUUUCCAAAACUCCCAGAUACAUCAUUCAGAGCCAUCGUAGAGGAACGAGCCAGAAAUCCUUCAGGAUGUUUUUCCGUAUGUAAUCCGCAAUUUCUCCAAGAUAUCAGAAAAAGUUUUAGAAAUUGUAAAUCCGUCACCAUUCUUAAAUAUACUAUACAAAUGAAGAGUUGUUCUGAAGAAAAUUUGGUGAGAUAUUUCUCUGACUCUGAAUUGAUAUUUAAUAAUAAUGUUAAUGACUGGUGCACUGUAGAUAGGUCAGGACUCAAAAAAAGUUAUUCUACAGAUGAUCUUUCGUUAUUGUAGGAAAUGUAUAUAUUCGUAUGUAAAUUGAUAUAAAUUUAUGAAUGUGAUGAGAUUAUAUGGGAUUUGACAGUAA